UCUUCCUCUUUUAUUUUCAUUUCCAUUCUCAUUUCCUGCGGAGAGGGAGAAAAGAAGGGAUUGAAAGAGAGAGAGCGAGAGAUUUCAAAUUCCUACCAAAGCUAUCGUCACUCCUAUACAACACCAAUCUUUCUCCCUCCGCACCUUCCAAUCAUGGCGGAACAUGACCGACCUUUGCCAAAGUUUGGAGAGUGGGAUGUUAAUGAUCCAGCUUCGGCUGAGGGUUUCACGGUGAUUUUUAACAAAGCUAGGAAUGAGAAAAAAACAGGUGGGAAGUCUGACUCACCACAAAAGGGAUCCUCUGCAUAUAAGCAUAGAGCGACUCUUGGGAAGCCUCAGUCUAAAAAGUGGUUUUGCUGUGUUCAGUCCGUUGCUACAGAAUGAUGUUGCUCUGUCUCCGGAUUCUGCUGUAACGUAAAGUUGAUUUCAGCUUCCCCCUUCUCUUUAAUAUUCCAGAAGACUGGAGCUCUAGUCAAAGCUGUGAUAAGUCAUGCUGGAUUUGGUUUCUUUUGUGAUAUACAACAAUGACUUGAGCUUUAGUUCUUAAGAGGAAAACCAGUAAUUCUUAUUCUUUAACUACGCCUUGAUAACGGGGUUUUCUGAUUAUGCUACUUCACUUUCGUUUUCCUCUUUCCUUUUUUCCCUUUUUUUUUUUUUGAGAGAAGGGAGGUAAAUCUUACCUCUGAAUGCAAGUUGUAUUAUUGCUUACCCAAUUGCUUUGUUUAGUUACUUAAUUUUGCUACGUGUUACUGGUAUGGUUGUAACUUCUUUUGAUCAAUUGCUUGCUACAGUUCAUGUGACUGUGCUGUCCUUUGGAAUGCCUAAUGGAGAGUUUCAGAAA